UGACUACUUUCAAACUGCAGACGGCAGCAAUACGCCUUUGCUGCGCCUAAACUGCCGUACCAACGAAGAAGAUGAAGCCAGGAAGAGAAGCAAAAAAUGAGGAGGAGGAGGAGUCUGUUUGUUGACAUCGGACGAAAGCGAAAACCAGAUGAGUGAAGGCUGAUGAUAAUAACUCAAUUUCUCAUCGUCAUCAAGACACGCAGGCUUGGCGAAAGCUAAGGUUCCCUGCACUGCCCUGUCUUUUAUCUGACCCAGAGAAAAAGAGGCUAACAUGGCAGCCAAGGCAGGAGACAACCCGGACAGCCUCAUGACUCUGGCAACAGUCUUCUGCUUGAGGAACCUCAGGAAGACCAUGUGCUACCAGGGAUUCAGGAACAAGCUCUGCCUGCGUUCAGAUAUCUUCCUUCCCAGCGAAAUCUGUGACAAGCUGGUCAACACAUAUAUGGAGUUGGUCCACACAGACAGUAACUUUGAACCAGUAGAGAGUUUCUUCCAACUGUUCUCUGAUCCUCGAAGCACCAGAUUGACCAGGGUUCAGCUGAGAGAAGACUUUGUACGUGACAGAGAUCUGGAGGCCAUUAGAAAACAGGAUCUUAUUGAACUCCACCUCACCUACUGCAACAGCCUGUCAUCUCGCAGUUUGAAAACACUGACUUGCUUCCGUGAGACCUUGGUGUCUCUUUGUCUUUUCGGCUGCAACCACAUCUUCUACAGGAAUUCCAGUGCUCCACUUGCCUGCAAUGAAGACACUGAGGAUGAGGAGGAGGAGAGUCCUGCAUUAGAGACAGACUUUAACUUCCAGGGAUUCAACCGCCUCAGAUUGCUCAACCUGGGUGGUCUACCUGAGGAAGUGGAUGCUGAGACCUUGCUCAAACCUCUGAAGUCACUCACCACACUAGAUCUGUCUAAUGUACCUUUGCUGAGAACAGCUUUUCUCACCCAGUGGAAAGACAGACUGGCCUCUCUUAUUCUCUACAAUGUGGACCUGUCAGAAGAGUUGGUCAGUACAGUAGUGGAACUUGUUAAUCUCAGGCAUCUUGACAUCUCCCGGGAGAGCAGGCGGGUGUUUAAGUUUAAGAUGACCAGAAAAAUCCUGACAUCCAUCGUACAGCAUCUGGUCAAUUUGGUAUCACUAGAUAUAUCAGGUCACAUAAUGCUCGACAACUGCACAGUUCCACACUUUGAAGAAGCUUUGGGGCGGCCAAGCACUGAGCCGUGCAUGAGCAGCAUCUAUCCUUUCCAGGAGCUAAAGAGGCCGCUGCAGUUUCUGGGCUUAUAUGACACCACCCUGUGUAAUGUGACGCAUAUCCCUGCUAAUAAGGUGACUGGAUCAAAGAAUGAAGACCAGGUCCUGAAUGCCAUUGAGGCUUAUACAGACUUUCGCCCUGAGCUGGCCCACAGAGCCAUCAAUCAGCUGUUCGACAUUGCCAGGAUACAACACUGCAAUCAGCUGCUCCGAGCUUUGCAACUUGUCAUAGCAGCGCUGAAGUGCCAUAAAUAUGACAAGAGUAUCCAGGUAACGGGCAGUGCUGCUCUGUUCUACCUGACCAACACAGAGUACCGCAGUGACCAGAGUGUGAAGCUGCGCAGAGAGGUCAUUCAAGUGGUGCUAAAUGGAAUGGAGCAGUACCAGGAGGUCACUGUCCAGAGGAACUGCUGCUUGACUCUGUGUAACUUCAGUAUUCCAGAGGAGCUGGAGUUCCAGUACACUCGGGUCAACCAGCUGCUGCUUAAAAUCUUGGAGCCAGCCAGGCAGGAUGAGUCCAUCCAGAGAAUCGCUGUUCACCUGUGCAACGCUUUGGUCUGUCAGGUGGACAACCAUCACAAGGAAGCAGUUGGAAAGAUGGGCUUUGUCAAGACAAUGUUGAAUUUAAUUCAGAAGAAGCUACAGGACAGGAUGUGUGACCAGGUGAUGGAGUUUUCCUGGAGCGCUCUGUGGAACAUCACUGAUGAGACGCCUGACAAUUGUCAAAUGUUCCUCAAUUGUCGGGGGAUGAGUCUCUUUCUGGAGUGUCUUCAGGAGUUUCCAGAUAAGCAAGAGCUUCACCGCAACAUGCUAGGGCUUUUGGGAAAUGUUGCUGAGGUCAAAGCUCUGAGGCCACAGCUGCUCACACCACAGUUCAUUUCUGUAUUCAGUAACCUUCUGGACAGUAAGGCUGAUGGGAUUGAGGUGUCAUACAAUGCAUGUGGCGUGCUUUCACACAUCAUGUUUGAUGGGCCAGAGGUUUGGUCAAUGAAAGAGCCACAGAGAGACACAGUAAUGGACAAGAUGUGGGAUGCCAUCCAGAGCUGGGAUGUCAGCUCACGCCGCAACAUCAACUACAGGUCAUUUGAGCCCAUCCUGCGUCUGCUGCCCCAGAACAUCUCCCCUGUCAGCCAGCACUGGGCCACAUGGGCUCUUUACAACCUGGUUUCAGUUUACCCAAGCAAGUAUUGCCCCCUGCUGAUAAAGGAAGGAGGAAUAAGUCUUUUGGAGAAAGUUCUGGAACUGGAGAGCUCACAGCCAGAGACAAAGGAUAUGGCCAGGAAAGUAAUGGAGCAGUGUGAAAACUUCCAAGAAGACCCCAUGGAAACAAAUAAUGUACAUGAGGUAAUUUAUGGACAAAGAGGCUGAUGCUAAUCAUGAUGCCAUGAUUCCCAGCAAGCAUCAAGCAAGCCAACUGAAGGCCCCCUACUGUCAUCAAGGUUCAGUUUUGUGCAUUAUUUUUAUUUUUAGCAUUAUUUUGUAGAGCAGAACUGUGUCUCUUGCCCUCUUCACAGCAAUUUUAAUACAACCUUAAAAUUUGACACAUAGGACUUACGAUAUGGUGCAUGGUGUUUUGUUGUGAGGGUGCUUACCUUUGCUGCACAUAAGAAUCUCUUGUGUUGGGAUAGGUUUGAGGUGGUGGGUCACUGUUAUCGCUCAGUGUGUGUGUGAGAAAGACUUAAUGACAGAACAGACCAUUUGGAGUGAUGCUUGAUUGUCAGUGUAAGGAAAGAGAAGUGCUGCUGAGCUCACUACUGUUCAUUGUAACUAUGAAUGAAAGGCUAAAGACCAUGUAGUGUCCUGCAUCACCAUCAGAGGUCUCAGCUCACACACAGUCACAUUUGCUCAUGCUCAGGCCACUGAGCUGUGGCCAGAUAUGCAGUUAAAAUUAGCCAUUAUGUGUGUAGGCUGCAGAGAAGCAUCACACUGGUGUUAAUGGGAGGGAAGUCUUCCCAGACCUUGUGGCAUGAUGAUGGACUUCUUUGUUAUAUAUGUAAAUAUUCUCUGUUUGUCUCAUUCUUUUACUGUCUGUAUGUUUUAUAAUAUAACUGUAACACUCUUGACUUAACUUGGUAUUAAUUUUGAGUUGACUGACAUAUGGUCAUUGCUAAGAAACUAUACAAAGAAUACCCAGUCAUUCAGAUGUAAUCUAGAAAUCCUGGAGUCUCUUGGUUCAUUAAAGGAUCAUUUAGAUUUAGUUCAACCUUGAUUCUCUUUUUAAUUAUCUGGCAUAUUAACCUAAUUCUGGUGACUGCUCUUGCUGGAAUCAGUAGUCUGCGUCAAAUAUGAGAGCAAAGCAAAACAGACAAAGAUACACUAUAUGGCCAAAGUAUGGGGACAGUAAAGGCACAGUGCACCAACAAAUGGAUUUUCUAGUUUGGUAUGGAAGAAUCUGACUGAUCUGCAGAGAGCCCUGACUUCAACGUCAUCUGAGAUCUUUGGGAUGAAUCAGAA